AUGAUUCACUUGCUCACUGACACGUCCAUCUUCGUUUCAUUACCGAACGGAUGCCUUUGUCAAAUGAGUGGGGUGCCCGUUGUGAACCUUCGACCGGCCGCGCCAGCGCCAACUGCUGAAGUCGAGCCCACUCGUCAGCAUGGAGAGAAGCGU